UGUGUCUGUCAACGAAAGAUCUGAUCUUGUUUGCAUCAAAAGUCAUAAACACCAGAUUCGAUUCAAACAGAUAUCGCGCGGAGUUUGCAAAGUGUGGACGUGCAAUUACGCGAAAGUAAUCGAAAGUAUUUUUGAGAUAAAUGGUGAUCAGAAAUAAAAAAUAAAAUAAAUAUUUAAGAUUUUAAAAAGCUUUUAAGUCGCGCUUAAGAUUCUCGAAAUGUCUUCGCUAGAGACUCAAACAGAAUUUCACAAAAAAUCGGAAACAAUGACACCAAAUGAUGUCCAAUUUCGCGGUUCCACAGAUUUUGUUCUAAUUACGGAUCAUCGCACCUCCCAGUAUCGCAGUGAAGAACAGCUGCUAACACAGUCCGAAGAGGAGGAAAAAUCGUGUAUGAGAAAAAUUUUUCGCAAGAAAAUCCUUUAUAAACGUCUGCCGAUAUUGCAAUGGUUACCCAAAUAUACGGUGGCAGAUGCAAUUGGUGAUUUGAUAGCGGGUAUAACAGUUGGUCUAACUGUCAUACCCCAGGGUUUAGCCUAUUCCAGUGUAGCUGGUCUACCCACACAGUAUGGUCUUUAUGGUUCAUUCAUGGGAUGUUUUGUUUACGUUAUUCUGGGUACAUGCAAAGAUAGUACAGUCGGAUCGACAGCUAUUGCCUCACUGCUGACAUAUCAAGUGGCCAAAGGUGUGUGGCAAAGAGCAGUUCUGCUAGCCUUCAUCACUGGUAUUAUGGAAAUAUGCAUGGCCAUUUUUCGUUUGGGUUUCUUGGUGGACUUUGUAUCGGGCCCAGUGAGUGCAGGCUUCACAAGCGCAGUAGCUCUCAUUGUCUCGACGUCUCAAGUCAAGAAUAUACUUGGAGUUAAAAGUGAAGGUGCUUCAUUUCUCCAGCGUUGGAUUAGUAUGAUAAACGAUAUUCACAAUAUCCAUGUGAAUGAUGCCAUUUUGGGUUGUAGCUGUGUCGUCAUACUGAUUUGCUUACGAUCAGUGGGCCGCAUAAAAUUGGGACCAAAGGAAACGAGUGAACUCAAAUGGUAUCAUAGUUUAAUGAAUCGCAUCUUUUGGUUUAUGGGUGUGAUGCGUAACGCUACAUUGGUCAUAACAUGUGCUGGCAUCAGCAUGUAUUUGGAGUCGCAGGGUAAACAUUAUUUCCGCUUGACCGGACAUGUACCCGAAGGUUUACCCAUACCAGCGUUGCCACCAUUUUCAAUUGAGGCCAAGCCUGGAAAUGAAACAUUGGGCAUACCACCAGUUGCUGGAGAGAGUUUCUUUGAGAUGAUCAGUAAUUUGGGCUAUGGUUUGGUAAUUGUUCCUAUGAUCGCCAUGUUGGAGAAUAUAUCCGUGUGCAAGGCGUUUGCCAAGGGCAAACCCAUCGAUGCCACCCAGGAGCUGUUCGCUAUCGGUGUUGCCAAUGUAGCAAACUCGUUUUUCCAAGGAUAUCGUGGCAAUGGUGGACUUGCCCGCUCAGCUGUUAAUAAUGCCAGUGGCGUCAGGACGCCAAUGGGCAAUUUAUAUAUUGGUCUUGUGGUCAUGUUUGCCUUGGUCUAUUUGACGAAAUAUUUCUAUUACAUUCCGUUGACGGUAUUGGGCGCCAUUAUUAUAUCGGCGGUUAUAUUUCAAUUGCAGUAUCAUGUUAUAAAACCCAUGUGGCGUAGUAAACGUUCCGAUUUAAUACCCGGUGUGGUGGCCUUUAUUACAUGUUUGGUAUUGCCCCUGGAAAUUGGUAUUUUAAUAGCAAUCGGUGUAAACAUGCUGUUCAUUUUGUAUCACUCGGCCAGGCCCAAAGUCUCCUUGGAAACCAUUGAAACAAUGGAAGGUUACAAAUUCUUGAAAUUAACACCUGAUCGUUGUCUAAUAUUCCCCUCAGUGGAAUUUGUACGCAAUUUGGUAUUGAAAUCUGGAAAUAAAACCAAUUUGCCUGUGGUCUUGGAUUGUACAUAUAUUUAUGGUGCCGAUUUUACAGCAGCCAAGGUGAUAGCUUCUAUGGUCGAAGAUUUCAAGGGUCGUGGCCAGAAAUUAAUUUUCUUCAAUUUAAAACCAAGUGUGGCCCAGAUUUUCGAUGGUCUCAAAUGUAAAUUGGUUUUGUGCUACAAUGCCGAUAGUCUACUGGAAGAAUUAAAGAAAACCGAAACACCAUCGGUGGCCAAGGUAGACGGUGAUGCACCACCACCAUCGCUAACGUUCAAUGUAGGCAAUGGAGAUGACCAGAGUACAGCGAGUACGAUAACAUUAACCAAAUAUAAAACUAAAUAUUAGUAAUGAACGAACCAAAAUUAUUGUUAUAUUAUUUUAUAAUUCUGUUAAUUUAUAUGUAGCAUUACUGUUAUAAAAUUAGAGCUGUAGUUGUAGAAAUAAAAACAUGAUGAUAUUAAUUGAUAUACUUA